CGCCAAGAAGGAAGGAGACCUGCUGGCCGCGCAGUCCCGCCUGAAGGAUGUGGAGGCCCUGCUGAACUCCAAGGAGGCCGCCCUCACCACCGCCCUGGGAGAGAAGCGCAACCUGGAGAAUGAAGUCCGCGACCUUAGAGGCCAGCUGGCCAAGUUGGAAGUUGCCUUGGCCGAGGUCAAGAAGCAGCUUCAGGACGAAAUGCUGCGGCGGGUGGAUGCGGAGAACCGGCUGCAGACCCUGAAGGAGGAGCUUGACUUCCAGAAGAACAUCUACAGUGAGGAGCUCCGCGAGACCAAGCGCCGCCACGAGACCCGCUUGGUGGAGAUCGACAACGGCCGCCAGCGGGAGUUCGAGAGCAAGUUGGCAGAUGCUCUGCAGGACCUGCGCGGCCAGCACGAAGCCCAGGUCAAGCUGUACAAGGAGGAGCUUGAGAAGACGUAUGCGGCUAAGCUGGAAAACGCCAAGCAGUCGGCCGAGAGGAACAGCAACAUGGCCGGGGCGGCUCACGAGGAGCUUCAGCAGACCCGCAUCCGCAUCGACAGCUUGUCAGCCCAGCUCAGCCAGCUGCAGAAGCAGCUGGCAGCCAAGGAGGCGAAGCUGCGUGACCUGGAGGACGCUCUGUCCCGGGAGCGCGAGACCAGCCGCCGCAUCCUGGCGGACAAGGAGCGGGAGAUGGCCGAGAUGCGGGCACGCAUGCAGCAGCAGCUGGACGAGUACCAGGAGCUGCUGGACAUCAAGCUGGCCCUGGACAUGGAGAUCAAUGCCUAUCGCAAACUCCUGGAGGGGGAGGAGGAGAGGUUGCGCCUCUCCCCCAGUCCCUCCUCCCAGAAGAGCGGCUCGCGGAUCCGCGUCUCUCACUCCUCCUCGCAAGGCUCCGCCAAGAAGAGGAAGCUGGAGGAUGGCGAAAGCCGCACCAGCUUCUCCCACCAUGCCCGGACCAGCGGCCGGGUGGCCGUGGAGGAGGUGGACCUGGAGGGCAAGUUCGUCCGGCUCAGGAACAAGUCGAACGAGGACCAGUCGUUGGGAAACUGGCAGAUCAAGCGCCAGAAUGGAGAAGAGGCCCCCAUUUGCUACAGGUUCCCCCCCAAGUUCACCUUGAAGGCUGGCCAGCUGGUUACGAUCUGGGCUGCUGGCGCCGGCGUGGCCCAUAACCCUCCCACGGACAUGGUGUGGAAGAACCAAAGCUCGUGGGGCUCCGGCGACAGCUUGCGCACCGCUCUCCUCACCUCCAGCGGAGAGGAGGUGGCCAUGCGGAAACUGGUGCGCACGGUCAUUGUCAACGAUGACGAUGAAGAGGAUGAGGACGAGGACGGCAUCCAUCACCACCACCAUCACCAUAGCCACUGCAGCGGCAGCGGAGAUCCGGGCGAGUACAAUCUGCUCCCGCACGGUGCUGUGCGGCACCUGCGGGCAGCCCGCAGAUAAGUCAGCCGGGGGCACGAACGCCGCAGCCAGCGCCCUGUCCUCCGGCUCCUCCUCCUCCAGCCUGACCAUCACGCGCAGCUAUCGCACCGGGGGCACCAGCAUC